UUCCUCCCAGUCAGACAGCUCUCGCGCCAAGAGCAGCGAGCUUCCGCACCGCUCCUUAAAACUGCUGUCAAAUAAGGGACACCAGCUAGCGCUAUGUUAUCGCAAUCCAGAUGUGCAUACCGGACGAUUGGUCGCUCUCUGUCAGCGGUGAGCCAGGCCAACAAUGUUCUGGUCCGGCAAAAUGUAUCAGGCCUCCCUGUCUGCAGCCGGCUAGUUUACAGGAAGUCUCAGCCAUGUGAAUUUCCAUCAUUAGUGACUAUCUCUCACAUCAGAUUCUUCAAGACAUCUGCUGUUCACAGGGAUGAGGUUGUCACAGUCAAAACUCCUGCGUUCGCGGAAUCGGUUUCAGAGGGCGAUGUGAGGUGGGAAAAAGCUGUGGGCGACUCAGUGACAGAAGAUGAAGUGGUGUGUGAAAUUGAGACUGACAAGACCUCAGUACAAGUCCCCGCUCCAGCAGCUGGCGUGAUUGAGGAACUGCUGGUGCCUGAUGGAGGGAAGGUAGAAUCAGGCAUGCCCCUCUUCAAACUCCGGAAAGGAGCGGUUGCUGCCAAAGCUGCCCCCUCCCCAGCUGCAGAGGCCCCGGCUGCAGCCCCUCCACCUCCACCACCUCCCGCUUCAGCCCCCAGUGCCAUGCCUCCAGUCCCCCCAGUGCCACCACAAGCUGCCCAAGCCAAACCUGUUUCUGCCAUCAAGCCCACAGCUCCAGCUCCAGCACCUCCAACAGCAGGAGGCAGAGGAGAAAGCAGGGUGAAGAUGAACCGUAUGAGGUUGCGGAUCGCCCAGAGGCUAAAGGAGGCUCAGAACACCUGCGCAAUGUUGACCACCUUCAACGAAGUGGACAUGGGCAAUGUUCAGGACAUGAGGAAAAUCCAUAAGGAUGCUUUCUUAAAGAAGCACAAUAUCAAACUGGGUUUUAUGUCAGCGUUUGUGAAAGCUGCAGCACACGCUCUGACUGACCAACCUGCCGUCAAUGCCGUUAUUGAUGAUACAACCAAAGAGAUUGUCUACAGGGAUUACGUAGACAUUAGCGUCGCUGUGUCAACUCCAAAGGGGCUUGUUGUGCCGGUGAUCCGUAAUGUUGAGACCAUGAACUUUGCUGACAUUGAGAAAACCAUUAAUGCAUUGGGAGAAAAGGCUCGUAACAAUGAGCUUGCUGUUGAAGAUAUGGAUGGAGGCACCUUCACCAUCAGCAACGGCGGCGUGUUCGGCUCCAUGUUUGGCACACCUAUCAUCAACCCCCCCCAGUCCGCCAUCCUGGGCAUGCAUGGAAUCUUCGACCGACCUGUGGCCAUCAAUGGCAAGGUUGAGAUCCGGCCCAUGAUGUAUGUGGCACUGACAUACGACCACCGACUCGUUGACGGCAGAGAAGCGGUCACUUUCUUGCGCAAGAUCAAAGCGGUGGUGGAAGAUCCACGAGUGCUGCUUCUGGACAUGUGAUGUUUCUAGCACCACAUUAAUCCCAUUUUAAAGCUGCAUUUGAAAGAAAAAAAAAA